CUAAAUAUAAAUUAAAAAUAAUCUUUUUUAACUUUGUUUUCAACAUUUUUCUUACUGAAAAUCAAUAAAACUCCAUGAUUUUUUUUUUUAAAUCGAUUCCUUUCGAUAUAAUCGUCAUUUUUGUUAGUGGAGUAAAUGGAGCGGGUGGAGUCGGUUGGUAUAUGUGGAUCCGAACGAAAAAAUAACAAAACAUAUCAAUGAAUGCCAAAUAGACAAUGUGGUUGAUUUUGACGUUUCAUGUUUGGGUACUUGUUGCCAUUGGCAGUGUGGAUUCGUAAAUAUUUUGAUGAAUGAAACGAGUCAGUGAUGACAUCAUCGGUUUAUUGUUCAUUUAUAUCAACGACUGCUAGUGUCGAACGUAAAUGCACGUAAAUGCUGCAUAAUAUUAUACAAUUGAGUGUUUUGCGACGAGUAAGUGCUUAGUUUUGAUAGAUUACUUGAGAUGAACGGUGAACAAGCACACAAUUGUGGAACUUUUUCUUGGGAUUUUUGUUGAUAGUAAUAAUUUACCGGUUUGUUAUUGAAUAUUUCAAUCAAAUGUUUUGUUUUUUGUGAGUGUUCAUUCGUGGAGAUAAAUACUUUACCAAUAGCAUCAACAAAUCCAAAUAAAAAAAGUAUUUUGUGGGAAUAUCAUGUGGGCUUGAUUGGUCAAAUUUCUCUGACAUAUACAAUUAGCAUGAAAUAUAAACAAUAAUUUCGCAAUUUGAAACGGAAUGGUGUGAUUGACGGCGAGAAAGUGUAUAAAGAGCGCGGCUGCUCCAUUUCGUUAGUUUACUGUGAGCUGCUCAACAGUAUUGAUUCGUGUUUACAUUCAGUUCAAGUUCAGUGUUAUUCUUCAUAAUUCCAUUAAGCAUGGCAUUGCAUUAUUUCGAAGCAAAUGAUUUGACCAGAGGAAUUUCUUGUUUUUCAUUGGAUUUGUAUCAGGAAUGUGCCAAAACGACAUCCGAAAAUGUGAUAAUAUCGCCGUUAUCGGUUGCAAGUGCCCUAGCACUUCUUCAACAAGGAUCUGGUGGAAGUACUUUUGAAGAAUUAAGAAAUGGCUUACAUUUGACCGCUGAUAAAGAAACAACGGCAAAUCAAUUCCUGGAAUAUUAUGACUUACUACGAAAAAGUGCGGGCAAAUCCAUACUGACCAUCGCCAAUCAUGUCUACAUUAAAACCGGUUACCAAGUGAACCCAAAUUUUAAAUUCACGUCGGACGUGAAUUUCGCCAAUUCGGAUGCAAGUGCUGCAACCAUAAACGGUUUUGUUACGGAAAAAACACAGGGAAAAAUUACAAACUUGAUCGAACCAACGUCGCUCAAUACGCUUACACGUGUUGUUUUGGUGAAUGCUAUUUAUUUCAAAGGCGACUGGCUACAUAAGUUUCCGAAGGAUCGUACCAAAAAGGAUCACUUUUAUAUCAGCGAAGUCGAUACGGUUAAAGUCGAUUUCAUGCACACUAAGAACAAAUUCAAAUAUUCAAAUAUUCAUGCUUUGGAUGCCGCCGCACUUGAAAUGAAAUACCUCAAUUCAAACCUUUCAUUUUUAAUCAUUUUGCCAAAAAAACGCACUGGACUAUCGCUUGAAGAAAAUGUGAAAAAUUUCGGUUUGAAUAAAAUUCUCGGCUUGAUGUUUUUAUGCGAAGUUAUAGUCACGGUCCCGAAAUUUAAGAUCGAAUUCGAAAUCAGUUUAAAAAACGUUCUGAAGAAGAUGGGCAUGUCUGGAAUGUUCGAUGGAGCCGAUUUAAGCGAUCUUUUGAUGACUGCAGAACCAUUGGAAAUAUCUGAGGUUCUUCAUAAGGCGUUUAUCGAAGUGAAUGAAGAAGGUUCUAUUGCAGCAGCCGCUACAGCAAUAUUUGCUGUAUUUGGUAGCGCACCUGCACCUGUACCUCCUCCAAAAAUCUUCCGUGCUGAUCAUCCAUUUAUUUUUUUUAUCAUUGACACUCAAACAAGAACCAUUCUGUUCAAUGGUCGAAUCAACAGCCCGACUAAUUGAAUACGAUUUAGAAGUCCCCAAAUAAAACCAAUAUACAAGUAAAGAAUGUGGAAUAAUUUAAAUAAGCUCCUUGUAUCCGAAUAUAAAUAAUUUUGCUAAUUUAAUUGUUAGUAGACUCGAUUUAAAGUGAAAAUAUUUUGAUAAAAAAAAUAAUUGAGAAUUGGAUCAACAAAUGAUGAGGAAGUCUCACAGAUAGAAUUCAUUUAAAUAUUGUUUAUAUAAUAAAUCGCCAUAUUUUCAAGAAAAAUAUCACGAUGGGUUUAGUAAAUAGUACCAUUAUUUAUUUUGAAUGUACUCAAAAUGCUAUGAAAUUGUGUAAGAAAGCUAAUGGUAAUACAAAGUAACGAAUAUAUGUGAUACGUAGGGAUAUUUAUUGGUUUUCCAAUGUGUUGAAAUUUUCUACGAAAAGCGGAUAAAUUAGAGUUUAAUUCCAAAACAUCGUUUUUGCAUGUUUGAUAUGAAUAACGUACGAAUCUCGAUAGUUGAUUAUUGAUACCACAAAACAUUUAAAAUACUCGAUGAUAAUGCAAUGAAAUAAGAAAUUGAUGAUUUUUCAUCACUCAAAAUGUUUUAAUUAAUGAAUAAAAAAAAUUAUUUUAAUUAAAAGUGAAUGAAAUCGAUAUAAAACCCAA